UCAUUUUACCUGUGUUUAUUCAAAGUAAUCAAUUUGUUUUUAUUAAAAUUUUAGAACUCGAGAAACUUAAGUCUGUUGUGUCUGCCGACUUCUUACUCCUACUGGCAGCUUUAGAAAUACAAGUUAUUUUACCAUAAAUUGUCAGUGUUGGUGUCACAAUGUCCGUAAUUCUAAUGGCCGGUCGUAAGAGGAUAGAUAUAAGUAAGCGUGACAUGUCUAAAAAGAAGAAAGUUAUAAGAAAAGCUGGAUAUAUAGGAUCAGACGGUGUUGCCAAAAUUACGACAGGAUGGGAACUUGAAGUGGAGGGAAAAAAUGUCAAAAUAUCAUUUUCUCGUGACAACUUUCAUGUAUGGGUGAACAGCGAACCAGUAGAAACAACAGCCUACAUUUCAGACGAGGGGUAUGAUGUUGACCUGUUUUUCAGUUUUGAAUCCCACAAAGGCCAUAUCUUCAGUGAUGUUGACAACGAUCGUGACGAAAUGAUAAAUUAUAUACUUAUUGAUGACGUAUGCGUGGGUGAUAGUUAUCAAACUGUUCACCAUCAGACAAAGAAAACUUCAUGAGGCUCACGUGAUAGCAGAUUUUGUAGAGAGUAGUGUAACAAACUGUUUUGGUAGUUUUUGUUUUAUUGAGAAACUAAACAUUGUCAAAAGAAUUAUUAUUUGAAUAAGCAUUGAGAUAUCUUUUAAGAACGGUGAAUGCUAGUGCCCAAUUUGUGAUUUAGCCUUAAAAAAUAAAAAAACGAAUAAUAAAGUCUGCCAGAAACAUCUUUUAACACUUUAUGGCGCUGUAGUUUUAAGACAAUACCAGUUGGCUAGUGUAUAUAGAAGAUCGGAGUUGAAGUUUCUUCUGCCAACAGCUAAAUGCAAGUUGCAUAUCAAAGAUGUAUAUAAAUGUAAAUGUGUAUUACCUUUAUGAAGUUUCGUUUGCCAUUUUCAGUGUUUAUUUUUUUCCCUUUAUUUAUAUGCAACCAAAUCUUCGACGCAGAUUAUUUUCGAUCGUUGAAUUAUGAUUUGAUAAUUUUGCUCUUUAUGUGCAUCAAUUUUUUGUAUUAUUUUGUAUUUAGAUGAGAAAACAAUUGGAUUUUCUUUCAAGCAAGUGUCAAGAUAUUCACAGUAAAACUUUAAAAUGUCGUUUGAUAUGAUUUCAAAAAGCUUGUUUUUUAUUUGAUUUUGUGUUUUAAUGCUAGUUAAGGUACGUGAUAGAUACAUAAUUUGAACAUUACAACGCUUUAUUUAUCGAGUGUAAUUAGGAAGCUACCAUUUGAUUUUUAUGGGAAGAUGGGGAGCUAGGAUGAAAGUAAAAAAAAAGAAGCAGGACGGGAGUUAUCAUUAGGAAGAGAAAAAAGGCUUCAUGACAAUUUAUGUAAAAACAAGUGUCAGAAUAAACAAUAAAAAUAAAGGCAGGAUCAAAUAGAGUGAAAAAUAAAAAGGGAGGACAGAGACCAACUAUAAAAGCAGUCCACAAUUUCUAAUCCUAGCUAGAACUUCCCCAUAAAAAUCAAAUGAUAGCUCCCUUACAUUCAUUUUAAAGCUAUAAAUUUAUAUAGUAUUUGAGCAGUUUCUUGUGAUUUUAAGAUUUAUACAAAAUAAAAUGUUCACUUUUAA